ACCAACUCUCCAAUCAAGGACCAGACGCUCUUGUUUGAGUAGCCUCUACCUCCCUAUGAACUCCACACAUGUAUUAAGAAAUGGCAUUACUCACUGGAAAUGCAGAUCCUGCGUUCAGCUCCUACUCCUUCAAUAACUUGGAAAGCUUGUAUGAAGUGCAAACCGAGAAAGGACUUUUCUACAAAAAGGCCAAACUUCUGCACCCUGGGGAAGACUUGUGCUGCUUAGCCCGCCUGGAUGACCGGACCAGGUUUGUGAUCAUCAAUGUAGGUGGCAUUAAAUACAAAAUCCCGUGGACCACCUUGGAGAACUGCCCCUUGACCAGGCUUGGGAAGCUAAAAUCUUGCAACAAUUAUGAUGAGAUCAUGAACAUCUGUGAUGACUAUGAUGUUAGCUGCAAUGAAUUUUUUUUUGACCGUAAUCCUUGUGCCUUCAGGACAAUCAUGACUUUCCUGACAGCUGGGAAGCUGAGGCUGCUCAGGGAGAUGUGCGCUCUUUCUUUUCAGGAGGAACUUGUGUACUGGGGAAUAGAAGAGGACCGCCUGGAGUGGUGCUGUAAAAAGAGAUUGCGACAGAAAGAGGAGGAGGCAGCUGAGGCCAGGCUAUAUGAAGGGGAGAUGGUAUUUAGUGAAACUACGCAAUGUGCCUUCCAGGACAAUAGCCGGUUGAGUUUGUGCAUGAGAAAGCUCAGGGAUAUGGUGGAGAACCCCCACUCAGGGAUCCCAGGAAAGAUCUUUGCUUGUAUUUCAAUCUCUUUUGUUGCCAUCACUGCAGUCAGCCUCUGUAUCAGCACCAUGCCAGAUGUCAGAGAAGAAGAAGAUCGGGGUGAAUGUUCACAGAAGUGCUACAACAUCUUUGUGCUGGAGACAGUGUGUGUGGCUUGGUUUUCGUUUGAGUUCCUCCUGCGAUCCAUCCAGGCAGAGAACAAGUGUGCUUUCCUGAAAACCCCGCUCAACAUCAUCGACAUCCUGGCUAUCCUGCCUUUCUAUAUCUCUCUCAUUGUGGAUAUGGUCUCUACAAAAAACAGCAGCAAGCCUGGUGGAGGAGCAGGGAACAAGUACCUGGAACGAGUGGGCCUGGUGCUGCGCUUCCUGCGGGCUCUGCGCAUCCUCUACGUGAUGCGAUUAGCGCGGCACUCACUGGGGCUGCAGACCCUUGGGCUCACCGUGCGCCGGUGCACGAGGGAGUUUGGGCUCCUCCUGCUCUUCCUUUGUGUUGCCAUGGCCCUCUUCUCGCCACUGGUAUAUCUGGCUGAGAGCGAACUGGGAGCCAAGCAAGAAUUCACGAGUGUGCCCACCAGUUACUGGUGGGCUGUCAUCUCCAUGACCACUGUUGGCUACGGGGACAUGGUGCCUCGUAGCAUUCCUGGACAAGUGGUAGCCCUGAGCAGUAUCUUGAGUGGUAUUUUACUGAUGGCCUUCCCGGUCACGUCCAUCUUUCAUACCUUUUCCCGUUCCUACAGUGAGCUGAAGGAGCAGCAGCAACGAGCAGCAAGCAGGCAGAUGCGCCAGCUAGAAGAGAGCACCAGGCUCACAGGUGGUGACAGUUCACAGGGGCUCGGUGUUGCAUCCCCACUAGAUGCCACCGGGGAGGUGGGUCAGCCAGCGGUGGACCAGGAAGCCAAAAGAAGUUAAUUCUCAACAGUUAAAGUGAGUUGGCAGCACAAGAAGCUGUAGACAUGGUGGAUGGGGUCAAUUCUGCAAUCAGAACCUCCUGAAUUGCAUAAAUUAGGAGCAGACACACACAAGAUUUUCCCCAAGGACCAACUUUUGAUCUUAAGGGCCUACUGAAAAGCGUCCCUAGAAACUCUACCAAGUUCAGCUCUGCUCCAUCACUAUUUGUAGGGCGUUUCUUUUCUAUUGAGCAACUGGUUUUGGCAACCUCAAGGAGCAGCUGUUGAACGCAGCCAGGCAGGAGGAUAUAACAAAGCACCAAGAGUCCACACCGGGGUGCCAUUUGGUGGGGCAGUGAACGUGCCACCUCCUCCCGUCUCUGCGACACCGUGCGCAACACGCCGAGUGAAGGGUUUCCUCUCGUGUGCUCCGUGCACGGGGAGUUCGUUUUGGCUGCUCCACCGAGGAACACAAAUCUCAGACAAGCAAAGGGAUGAGGGGGAGAGAAGGGCAGAAAUAUCUCUUCAGCUUUCCCAGGGGCUUGGUUUUGUCUGUUUUACAAAUCAGGCACCGCCAGCUGCCAGCUCCAACGUGUGCUCUAGCUCAGUAUGCGUUAUUUAGUAAAUAUGCGUAUUUACCACAGUAAGCUUUGUAUCUUAGCCCCAUGACAGAAAUAUACAUAGAAAAUCUUCCUGACUAUUGUACUGAACGUUGAAUUGUUGGUUUUCUUUCUUUUCUUACAGUUGAAUAUAACGAAUACUUUUACAUUCACAACAUUUCUCCACUUUCUUUUAAUGCUUUCCAUCUCCCAUGUAUCAAAACCAUGUUUAACAGGUGAAUAAACCUCAAAUACGUGCUGCCCAGGAAGGGGAAGGUGAUGUUAUACCAGCAGUGACUCCCAGUUCCGCAUACUCUUCCUCAGUGACUGCCGUCAGGAACAGUCCAAAUUGAGUAAAGUCAAUGAGACUCCUCCAGUGGCCUAAGCUGCAGCACAGCAGCUGUGAUCUACGUUAGGAGUAGGCUUUUUUCCCCCUACUAAGAAAAAGACAAUGCUGUCAUCUAAAAAUCAAUAUUACUCUUCUGCCUGUUCCUUCUGAUUCUCAAAAAAAUUUGUCAGUUGAAAGGGAAAAUGAGUAUGGUGUCAUCUGUAUGUUGUUUACUGCUGCUAGUCUCAUGAGCUUUCCAGUCCUCUGACGUGGUUUUCCAACUUGAGGAGCUGUGUAGCUGGUCUAAGUCAGUGCAUUGUGUGCAUUUUUAGGUAUUCCUCCAAGUGGGAUAGUGGGAUACUUUAGGAGAUAGCAGGAAAGGGGGCACAAAUGCCUCUUGUACCUACAGCUCCACUGGUAUUAGCAGAGCUGUAGGACCAACCAUGGUGUCGUCCUUCAUAUUCACCUCCUCCUAGGAAGAGAACAAAAUAUUAAAGGUGGGUUUGUUGGGGCGUUUUUUGGUUGUUUUUUUUUUUUUUUGCCUCAGCUUAUAGCACCAACCCUACACUAGCAGAGUUCUGUAUUAAGCCAUUCCUUAUAGGAAUGGAGCAAGGGAAAAUAAAAGGUUACACUCGAUUUUAAUAAAAAUUGGAAGCUGUGUUGCAGAACAAGUGCCUCUAGUGAUGCUUACAAUUUGUGUGACAUGGGGAAGGUGAUGUUUCUCUGUUUUGUGCUGGCAUGAAGGCCUGUGUCAUAGUGGUCCAGCCAGGAUCCCGUGCCCCCAGUUCCCUACAGCCCCUAGAGAAGAGCAGCACGUGUCCUCUCAGUACGGCUGCAGGCUGUGCCUGGUGGAGUCAGCAGACAAGACACAUGCACAUAUGCACACGCAUACAGGUGCGUGCACAGGCUGUGCAGCAGCCACUGCUUGGCACAGCCAUGAAUGCAUUUUGCAGGGAGGGGAGGGCUUGAUGCCCUCUCAACACCACCUGCUUUGGGAAGGGAGCUUCGUGUGCCUGUUUCUGGGGACAGGAGCGGGGCCGUGGAGGCACGUGGCUAUGCCAGGCUCCCAGCGCCAGGGCUGUGGGACACACUCUGGGCUUUGUGCUUGCGGCCACUGGAGCUGCAGCCCUGGCACUGCUCCCUUGCUGCCGCAGCAGAGGGUGCCUCAGGGAAGCACAGCUGUGCCAGACACCCCCGAGCACUGCUGCGAGAUGUGAAGGGAGCACACUGAGCCCGGGCACUCAGCAGGCUGUGCCUGGGUCUCCGGUCCCCUGGCUGCGUUGAGUUACAAACAAACUCAGCACAGCCACGUGCACAGGGCUCUGCCACCAGUCACAGCCUGCCACCACACGGAGCUCGUUUUCGUGUGCCAGGCGAGAAGGGCUAAAGGGUGAUGGAUGCUACUUGUGUUGACUCAGACUCCUGGCAAACCAAUACCAGCGUUAGGUUGCUGUGACUCAUUGAGAGAUUUUUUUUUUUUUAAAUCCUGACACAGGAAUUUCUUGCAUUAAGGCUUAUUAAGGUUUGACAUUGAGGUUCAGCAUUGCGGCUGUGAAGCAAAGUGAAGAACUUGGGAGGGCAAGGCAUGGCAUGGUGAUGGGGAGAGGAACAAUGCAUUUUAUGAUGUCUUCACGUGCAUUCAGGUGAAAGCCUUCCGUGAUACCUCAUGUCCCAUGGACAUCCCCUGCAGUUCAGAGCUAAAUCUCUGGUGUGAAUGCAGUGAGCAGCGGCCCUUCAAAGGGUGCAAAACACAUCUCCUCAGGGGGGUAGGGCCCAUGAACAUUCAUCAGUAUAAGCUUACUCCUAAAAGCUUACUCGUCUUAAAGCAGACAUCCUUGCAGAAUGAAGAGCUUCAUGCUUGCAGUGCUAGAAAUAAGCUUUAAUUAAUGCCUCUUGUGGUCCUACAGCAUGAAAAAACUACACUGAGACAGCUAACUGCAGCUCAGCAGCUCUGUAGCAAAAGUUGACACCCAUUAUUGCUGCGGUCCAUCAAGUUGCUAUUGUCCUACAACAGCGAGUUCUUUGUAUUUUCAAAAGGCACAUAAUUAAUUCCAGUACACACAGAGUUUUAAUAAAGUGACAAAACCCACUCAUCAUGUUUGUUAGUCGAGGUCUGACUUUUAAUAAAGUUUCAUUUUAUCUAUUGAGAUGACAGAUGAGGAGACAAAUAUAAACCAGGAACCUUUUAAACAAAUUAUUUUUGGAAGCUGUAUAAAGUUCUGAUGCACACAUUGCCAGACAUGAAAGAUACCCAGAGGACAGUGAGUUCCCCCCAGCAUAGCUGUUAUUAUGAGCGAUGCUUAUUACUUUUGAUCAGUAGCUGGAGAAUUGUUGGUUUUGUGUGUGGUUGUUGUUUUCUUUGACAUGGCACACGAAUGAUUUAGGGCCAUUUAUCACUAACUAGAAAAAAUGCUGUACUACUGCCUGCAUGCACGCCAGUGCCAGUAGAUAGUUAUAUAUACUUCUUGUGAAGCACAAUCUAGCACUUCAUGGUUGUAGCACAUUCUGUUUGCAUCAAAGAAAAAGGAAUGUCCUCUCUGGCAUGGGACUGAGACUCAUUACAUGUUUGAGAGCUCAAAAUGUGGCAACAGGCUUGUAAAGGGACAGCGUUAGAGGGAGCGGCACAAAGUCAGACACAAUUCCUGCUGCUGGUAUGGCACACGUACAGCCAUCUUCCACCUCAGAGCAACCUUAAUUAAGAAAAAUUACAAUCAUAAAACCAUGACAGUCAUAACACACUCCUCAGUGGUCACCCAGACAAAAGUUGCUGUCUCACAUCAACAGGGCCAGAACAGGCAUAACCUGUGGCAGCCUCACAGCAGUUGCUUCACAGGGGGCAAAAUAUCCAUAGCUCUCACAGCACCUCGCUCCUAUGAACUACAGCCUUAAGAGAGUGUG